GCUCUUUGUGGGACCCGGAGCUCGGUGGAGAGCGGGGAGCUUGGUCUGCAGUGCCGACGCCGCCAGCAGCCGGGCUGUCUCGGAAAGGCGGACCGGCGAUCGCCCAGCGCCCGCUCUCAGCUGCCCGCUGCUCUCCUCUGUGGCCCUGCCAUCCUCCUUCAGGACGCAGUGACCUGUUUUUAUUUUGAUUGUUUUUUGUUUGUUUGUUUGCUUUUUUUUUUUUUUUUAAAUCACAAGGGCGUGGGUCAUCCUCCCCUAGGACUUCAUGUCUGUAUAUUUCCCCAUUCACUGCCCUGACUAUCUGAGAUCGGCUGAGAUGACUGAGGUGAUGAUGAACACCCCAUCCAUGGAAGAGAUUGGCCUCAGCCCCCGGAAGGAUGGCCUUUCCUACCAGAUCUUUCCCGACCCAUCAGACUUUGACCGUUGCUGUAAACUGAAGGACCGCCUGCCCUCCAUAGUGGUGGAACCCACGGAGGGAGAGGUGGAGAGUGGGGAGCUCCGGUGGCCCCCUGAGGAAUUCCUGGUCCAGGAGGGUGAGCAAGACAACUGUGAAGAGACAACAAACGAAAAGAAGGAGCAGUAGAGUCCCCGCGGGCUCGCCUGGGUCACGCUAGCCUGCCUGCCUGAACUGUGUUUCCCAUCGGGAUGGAACAAGAGAGUGAGCCGCAAUCAUUCUGAAAAUGUCAAAUGAGGCUUCCGUUUUUUUGCACCUGAAAAUCACCGAGUCGGUUUUCUUUUCUUGUCUUUUUUUUUUUUUUUUUUUUUAAUUCGUUGAGCAAUGGAGCCCUCCGACAACUUGCAAAGCUGAGAAAGGAAGCUGCUGAGAACAGGGGUGGGGGUGGGGUGGGGAAGGGGUGCUGCUUCUAAGAUCUCUAUCUGAACUCCAGUGCCAGAGGCAGUGUGUGUGUGUGUGUGUGUGUGUGUGUGUGUGUGUGUGUGUUUGGGGGCAGUUUCUGGCUAAGGAGGGUGAGCAAAUGAGCAAGAAACAUUUUGGGCUAAAAAAAAAAAAAAAGAAAACAAAACAAACCGAACACUUUUUAAAUUAAAGAGAACUACAGUCAGGAAGUGAUUGCCAGCAUUUGCUCUGGCUACCGGGGCAUCUGACGACAGAGUCUUUAUAUCUGUAGCUCUGUUGCUCACGGGCACCAGCCUCUGCUUCCAGUUCAAGUAUGUUUGGUCACCCACAGAGAACAGGAAACACUGCCCAGGAAGCCAGCUGGAGGGAUACACAGGAAAGAAAGAACCCACCUGUCCUUCCCAUGGUCUCUGCCCAGCUGCUUCAGGCCCGCAGAGCCCCCAGGGACCUGGAGGGUUUUAAGGCAUAGAACUUUGAGCUUUUCUUCCCAUUUAUACCCAUCUCUGCUCCCCCCACCCCAACAUAUUGGGGAAAAGCCAGAGCACUUCCUGUCCUGGCAGAACAUUUGAGGCUGCAGCCUGGACAUGGAUUGCCUCCUUCUGCUGUGGGUCUCUCCAGAAUUCUUACCGAGUCUCCUUGGAGCAGCAAGUUGCAAGAAUCAGCCCUCUCAGGCCUACCCUUCCUUCUCCUUUGAGCACAGCAAUGAGGUGGAUGGUCCCCAGCUCUGCUGUGGGCUAUUGCCCAUCUGGCAUGCAGCAGUGAGGGUUCCCAGUCUGGCUCCCAUGGGAGCUAAAAGCAGACCAUGUUUCCUGGUUGGGCAGUUGGCUUAGUGGGUUUUCAUGCAGGAGUCCGGAUGGCGCUGCACGGGUAUGCUGAGGUUCCCAUGAGGUACCAGGCCUCCAGUGGGGCAGCUGUAGGAUCCAGUUUGAGACCCUAGAUAUUAUGAGAUCGCUGCUUCUCCUCAGGUUGUUCCUGAGCACAGGCUGGGCUAAGAUACAGGGUGCACUGGGGUAUCCUUGUAGAACGGCAGCCUUUGUCCCUUUGCCACCUUACCUGUUUCUGGAAAGGGCAGCAGUUGCAUGGGGAAGUUAACAUCUGGACUUACCCUCAGAUCAUAGCUCAGAACCUUCUGGAAUGGCAGGUUAGAGGACAGAAUUUUCAGAGCGGGACUGUUUGAUCGAGAGGUGGACUUCCUUGGGCUUCACUCAGCUAACUGAGGCACUCCAUGCCGCCCCCUUCCCGCCCCCGUGUCUCUGUCUGCCAGGUUGACCCCCAUCUUUGGACUAGUGUGUGUCUAGCUCUAUUUAAUACCUCAAAGUCAGUGUGGCUCUGAGGCACGUUGGGGCAAGAGCGUAGGGGUGAGCUGUUGACGCGGCAUUCGGCAAGGUCUGGUUCUGGGAUGCCGAUGGUCACCCCCUCCCCCUGCCUCUUCCCUCUGUCGUCUGCCUGUGAUACACACCGAUGGCAAUAACUUUUUCCGGCUCCUCGCGGAAGUGGGAGAGGGCUGCAGCCAACCCCACUAUGGGGGAGCUUCUCUCUCUUGUUCCCACUCUGCUCUGUUUUGGCUACAGAGAUCUGUUCAUCCUACUCUCUCUCCUGCAGCAUUUCUCAUCCCUCGCCUCCCUUUUCAAUUCCUGUGUUUUGGUGUCGUCUCACCCCUUAUCCCAAAUAUCUGUCUUGGUCUUGCCGUGUGAUGGGGACGUGCUUGUAAAUCUAGUAUCAAACCUACUUGUGUAUAUGUGUGUUUAUGGGGUGGUUUCUUCCUUUUCGCUGGUCAAGAGACCACGUUGUACCGUGUGUAGUCUGAGCAGGCCAGGGGCUGACAGCUGACGUCAGUCCCCUCAGCGGUUGAGCCUGUUGGGGGGCGGGCACCCAGCUGCUCUUGGACAAGUGGCUGAGCUCCAAUCUGGCCUCCUCUUUUUUUUUUUCUUUUCUUCUUCUCCUCCUCCUCUUCCUUCUUCUUCUUCUUGUAAACUUGUGUGUAUUUCUAACUGAUCGUAUUGAAAAAAAAAAAAAAUCCUAGUAUUUCAGUGACAUGCCUGUUGUGAGAUGAACCUCCUGUGACUUCUGUCUGUUCUGUUUUGAGGCUCAGGGAGAAACUAGCAUUUUUUUUUCCAAACUACUUUUUGUCACUGUGACAGUUGUAAAUAAAGUUUGAAAAUGCUUUCCA